GACACAGAGGUGACAGCGUGGAUCUGCAGGACUUUGACACUAUGAUCCACUGAGAACUAGUUGAAGUGAAGCUGCUGGAGCUGCUACCGGCCAUGGCUGACCUGUGGGUGUCCCUGGGGGUGUUGACCGCCGCGGUGCUCCUCUGUGAGGCGGCUCGCUGCGCUACAGCCCGUCUGCUCCGCGGAGUUUACUGGACUUACCUGCUGGAAGCGGUGUCCACCUUCCAGCUCUGCUGCUGCACGCAGGAACUCAAACUGCUUGGCGAAUCCAUCCGCCUGGACCUUUCCACCAGCUUGACUCUCACUUAUUUCGUAACGUUUGUCCAUCUAUCAACUUUCAGGGAAGCGACAUGUAAUCCCGCCGCGGCUCUGGAGAGCUUCUGCCGCGGCGCGUCCAGCGUCUGGGAAGCGGCGCUGCUCAUAUCCCUCCAGAUGGGGGCUGCGGUGGCCGCGCAGGGCUGGGCAGCCACCGUGUGGUCCCUGGGUCUGUCAGAUAUGCACCUCCGGCACCAGAAGUUUGGGUUCCGUUGCUUCGACCCGCUCGGUGGGACGCCGCUGGAAGCUGCUGCUGUGGAAAUGUUCUGCGCGUUCACGGUGCAGGCUGUGGCCACGCACAUCCACAGGCUGGACGAGAGGCUCAGAGUUCACUGCUUCGCUGCGGUCAUCACCGCUUUGGUUUAUGCAGGUGGAAGCAUUUCCGGGGCUGUUUUUAAUCCUGCCUUGGCUUUUUCCAUUCAGUUCCCCUGCAGUGGUCACACGUACCUUGAAUACUGCUUUAUCUACUGGUUGGGACCAAUAUUGGGCAUGGCGAGCUGCAUCCUCCUGUUUGAGAAGAUCAUCCCCUUCCUCUCUGGAAAGAGCACCAUCGGGAUGCACAGCUCUAAUGAGCAGAAAGAGAAGAUGCAGUAGUUUUAGUUCAUUUUGUUUUAUAUGAUGGACUGGAUAUCCCUGGAUAAUCAAGAUUAUUUAAUCUCUUAUCGAUGCACAAAUGCACAGGAUCAAAUAGGGCUUUAUGCAGCUCUAAUCAUGACUGAUGUCAAAAGACAAGGUAUGCUGCAGGAGAGCACAGAACUAAAUACAUAUGCAAAACAUUUAGAUGAAGAAAGCACAAUUAGAAGAGCAACAAAUCUGAACAUUAACCUAAAUAAUUAACCAGAAGUCAAAAGCCUGGAUUUAAAAAGGUUUAUAGAGAGCUAGUUUGAAAGUUUUGUUUCAGGGAGCGUGAAAUCUCAAUGGAGAGGCUCACAGUCCAUGGUGACUAAAACAACUCAUAACUACUUUAGCACAAAUACAUAGGCAAAUAAUUACCAAUAAUAAAAUGCAUAGAAUAAAAAAAGGUACAUUAAGAACAUUUACAUUAUUUGCCAAAGAAUGAACCAAUUUGUAUUUAUCCAAAAAAGUGGGACUCUCUUUCCUUAUAUUAGCAGGUGAUGGUAAUCUGUAGAGAUAUGCUGGUGAAGGUUGUCAGUCAUCCAGGUCUUAGUCAUUCCAAAAAAAAUUAAAAAUAAUCCACUGGACUUGGUUUACAAGUUUGAAGACGUUUUGCUUCCCAUCCAGUAAGCUUUAUCAAUGUAAAUGUCAGGAUUAGCGUUGAAUAGCACUACUGUGUAUAACAUGGAACGCUAUUCUUGACAUUUUAACUGAAAAAGCUUCCUGGAUGGGAAGCGAAACGUCUUCAAACUUGGAAACUAAGUCAAGGGGAUUGUUAAUUUUUUUGGAAUAAUGUGAAGAGACAAACUAAUAAUGGUGUGUUGUAGCACCACUAACCUUGGAAGUAGGGUUGCCAACCGUCCCUUGAAAAACUGAAUUGUUCCGUUUUUUGAAACAGAAUUAAAUUUUCAAUUCAGUUUAUUUAUAUAGCGCCAAAUUCACAACACGUGUCAUCUCAAGGCACUUUAU